UUGUGGUUUCCUGAUUCGAUUUUUCAAUUUAUAGCACAGCUGUACGAUAGUCUGAACAUUUACGUCAACGGCAGCUGCGAAGGCAGUAAGGUUUUCCUGAAGUGCCCAAAAUAUACACAGAUUCUCAUCGAGAGGGCCUUUUACGGCCAGAACGUUUCAAUGAAUCAAGUAUGUUCGUCCGCGGCGAAUGAUUUUGCCCAGCCAGCCGAAAUCAAGCUCAGCAAAAAUAUGGACGUGCAGCAGGAGAGAUUCUUGGAGUCUAUGGAUGGAGUUGUUUGCGAAAUUUCAAACGCACAAACGAAAGUCGUGGAAUCGUGCCAGAAUAAACGCAAGUGCAAAAUCAAUGUAAACGCUCGAUUUUUUGGACGAGAUCCAUGUCCUUCCACGUCAAAGUAUUUUCAGGUGUUCUACCGGUGUAAACCCAGUCAAUUCAUAAGCGAACACUUGUGUGAAGGUGAUCGUCUUAACCUAAGCUGUCCCUCCGGUCAACGGCUGAGCUUCUAUUCGUCCUCGUACGGUAUUCUAAAGCUGAAGGACAGCAGCACGCUGUGCGGUGAAACACAGGGCUUGAGCCAAGCAGACUGCAGCGUGGACGUAUUACCAGAAAUUCUAAGGCGGUGCCAGGCUCAACCGGUGUGCAGCUUCGUAAUUUCCGACAGCGUGUUUUCUCACACAUGUGGUUCGCAAGUAGUGAAGCAGCUUAUUGUCAUUUUCAUUUGUGCGGAUGACGUGAUUUUUACUGAAAAAGCACUUCGUGGCGAAGCAUACAGCAAUGGGAUGAACGACCCCGUUGCACCGCUUGUGGUUACGGCAUUUAGCAUAAUUGGUGAAGCGUUCGGCCCAACCGAGUUUUCGUACGCUCAUCGAAAGCAUGUGCUAUCAGACGGAUCUAACGGAUCAGUGAUGGUCGUCACGCCACCAUUAUCCAUGCCAUCUAGUAUGCCGAACGCGAUCGGUUUCGUACAGAACUGGAUAACCACAUGGACAUACAUAACCGAAAAUAAAGAGAAGUUCGUCCUGUACUUCUUCCUGUCCGCCAGUGUUGGCGUCAUCAUGCUUCUAGUGAUGUGCAUAGCGCAGCAAUGCUUCCGGCAUAACCACAAAGCUCUGUGUGACGCAGGCACUAGUCACGACGCAACCACCAUCGCCAACUACGUGCCAAGCCAAAGCGAGUCUCGCAUCGAACUGGAUGACCUGGAACAGGGAGGCAUUUCGUUCAUGCGAUUCAAUCACCCGACUCCGCCGCUGUCAGCUCGAACAGUGCAUCACUAUUACAGCUGA